GCCUGGCCAGGGUAUAAAUAGGGCAGGCCGCUGGGCUCUCCCCACUCUUCCUCUCUUCUCACCCUCUCUUCUCGUCGCUUCCUCUUGGCCUGAUCUUGACUGCCACCAUGACGUCCCCCCUGGAGAAGGCUCUGGAUGUGAUGGUGUCCACCUUCCACAAAUACUCGGGCAAGGAGGGUGACAAGUUCAAGCUCAACAAGUCAGAGCUAAAGGAGCUGCUGACCCGGGAGCUGCCCAGCUUCUUAGGGAAAAGGACCGACGACGCAGCCUUUCAGAGGUUGCUGAGCAACUUGGACAGCAACAAGGACAACGAGGUGGACUUCCAGGAGUACUGCGUCUUCCUGUCCUGCGUUGCCAUGAUGUGCAACGAGUUCUUCGAAGGCUUCCCGGAUAAGCAGCCCCGGAAGAAGUGAAUGCCUGUCAUGCAGAUCGGGGGGCCCGCCGACUGGGGUCUCCUGGGUUGGCAGUGGGCACAGGGCCUCACCCUGGCUCUAGCGGGUGUGUGCACGAUGUGGCCAAGUUCAAUAAAGAUUCUUGGAAGCUUUGAA